UAGUCCUAAGACUACAUCUCUUCUGGCUGUGGCAUGUGGUUUACUCUAAUUAGUCCUAAGACUACAUCUCUUCUGGCUGUGGCAUGUGGUUUCCUCUAAUUAAUCUUAGGACUGUUUAGUUAUUGGAUUUUGAAGUUAUAUAUGCCUAUAGCGUAAGCGAGUGCAAUCCAUGAAGAAACUUCAAAUCCCGUGGAGCCUUCUUCGACUUAAAUUCCUCGAAACAAGCGUUCAUUUAUUUUAAUAAUGGUAUUCUUUCAUUGUUUUUAUUAUUUUCUGUUGCAGGAUUUUCAAGAAGUUCCAAUAUUUAUUAAACCCUAGACAGGUGUAUAAUCUGACUAAUGGUGGACCAAUGCAGGGGUUGCAAUUUUACAAGGAUGUCCCGAAUUUCCGAGUGCUUUGCUGUGGUGGGGACGGAACUGUUGGCUGGGUCUUAGACACAAUUGACAAAAUGAAUCUGCCUCUGGCGCCCCCUGUCUGUAUUUUGCCACUUGGUACUGGAAAUGAUCUCGCAAGAUGUUUACGUUGGGGACCUGGCUAUGAGAAUGAAAGUCUGGACAAGAUAUUGAAAAAGAUAGAAAAAUCAACGACGGUGCUAAUGGACAGGUGGAGAAUCGAUAUUACUAGCACGGAUGACACUGAAGAAAAAGGAGAUCCCAUACCAUGUAAUAUCUUCAACAAUUACUUCUCCAUUGGUGUGGAUGCGUCCAUCGCCAUAAAGUUUCAUUUGGAAAGAGAAAAACACCCAGAAAAAUUUAACAGCAG